AUGUUCAACCCGAGUUUGGAUCACAUUUGCGCUUGCCAGAAAUACUACCCAAACUUCAGCAAUUUUGAAUUCGACUUCGGAGCACCUGGAGAACCCUCUUUUUCUGACUCAGAUUCUCAACUAUCCCUUGCUGCUGUCUCCAGUGCUGACUCAUCGUAUUCUUGGUUUGAUGAGGGAGCUUUCGAUGAUGUCCCGGAUAUCGACCAAAAUCAACUGAACAACGUCACCGUCGGAAAACAAGCGAUUCUAUGGAUUUCGCUACUUGUUGGGGCUCCAUUGAACAUCAUCAUUUUGAUCGUCACCCUUUCAAACUGGCAGAGGAAAUUUUCAAGCUCCGCGCUUUUUGUCGUCCAUCUUUGUAUAGCGGAUUUGUUGAUUUGCAUCCACGCGUUUAUCAAUCUUUACGACAAAAAUGACCUUGCAUCUUCCGGUGGAAUUCUUAUGUGCAUUUAUAUGGAAACAUCGACUCAGUUCUUCAUCUGUCUUUCUGUAUUUUCGCUGGCUGCGAUUGCUUUUGAUCGAUGCGUUCACUUGGUUUCACAUACUUUGUCGCGGAUUUCAGUGAAGAAUCAUUAUUUCUUAUUUGGAAUGGUUUGGGUUUUGAGCAUAGCCCUGGUUAUACCACAGAUCAUGAUGGCGGAAAUGCACGAAACAUAUCAGUGCCGAAUUGUUUAUUCAAAAUAUACAGAAGAAGAAUGCACCAAUCUCGGAAAUCAAACACAUGAAACCUGCGCGAGCAUAAACGGCACGCACAGUGAGUGCCAGGCUCCGAAGCUGCCGUAUCAAAUUUAUUAUUAUAUUAUCUUCGCCGUUCUUGGUUUUCUUGCUCCGCUGCUCAUUAUUGUUGUUAGUUAUAUUCUUAUUUUAUGGUCGAUUGUUAAAAGCCAGGUUCGACUGGGUAAGCUUGGGCAGUCGAAUAAAGAAACUGACACGCACGUCAAUUUGAUGAUUGGCUCAUUAUUCGUGACGGCGAUAAUAUUGAUUGGACCGUAUAUUAUCUUCAUGUUCGUUUUAGUAGCCUCUCCUGAAGCUCUGGGGGACCCAACAUGUCGAAAUUUCAAGCACACAGCAGAAAUGAUGGUCUAUCUUUCUCCAAUUGCCAACGCGAUAAUGUACUCAUUCUGCGGAAAAAAGUUCCAAAAGACUUUGGCCGACACAAUCUGCUGCAAAAACAAGCGCGGCUUCAAAUCUCGAAGCUUCACUCAAACAACCCGAACUGGCCAGUCAACGCGUAAUCAAUGGAAUUCGCAUACAAUUCAUUCAGAGCCUUCCCUGGCAAUAGAAAUGAGAAGCGGCCCAAUGGUGGUUCCCAACGAGUUCACAUCCUUACAGAGCUGA